UUUUUCAGUGUUGUUGAAGAGGCCGCAACUUAAUCUCGUCUGUUUCUAACCAGAAGCGUUUUUCUUUUACUUUGUUAGAAAGAAGAAAAAAUAUGAGAGAAAUUGUUCAUCUGCAAGCUGGCCAAUGCGGCAACCAAAUCGGAGCCAAGUUCUGGGAGGUGAUAAGCGAUGAACACGGCGUCGACCCAACCGGGACUUACCACGGGGAAAGCGAGCUGCAGAGGGAGCGGAUCAACGUGUAUUACAACGAGGCUGCAGGUGGCAAGUAUGUCCCUCGUGCAGUUCUGGUGGACUUGGAGCCUGGCACUAUGGACUCUUUAAGGUCUGGUCCUUUCGGUAUGGUGUUCAGACCUGACAACUUUGUCUUUGGUCAGAGUGGUGCUGGUAAUAACUGGGCUAAAGGUCACUACACAGAGGGAGCUGAGCUGGUGGACUCUGUUAUGGAUGUGGUGAGAAAAGAGGCAGAAAGCUGCGACUGCCUCCAGGGCUUUCAGCUCACACAUUCCCUGGGAGGAGGCACUGGUUCAGGCAUGGGUACACUCCUUAUCAGCAAGAUCCGAGAGGAGUACCCAGACCGCAUCAUGAACACUUUCAGCGUUGUGCCCUCACCUAAGGUAUCAGACACUGUGGUGGAGCCCUACAACGCCACGCUCUCCGUCCACCAGCUUGUUGAGAACACCGAUGAGACCUACUGCAUUGAUAACGAGGCCCUUUAUGACAUCUGCUUUCGUACACUGAAACUCAGCACACCCACCUACGGUGAUCUCAACCACCUGGUCUCGGCCACCAUGAGCGGGGUGACCACCUGUCUGCGCUUCCCUGGCCAGCUGAACGCCGACCUGAGGAAACUGGCUGUGAACAUGGUGCCCUUCCCCAGGCUGCACUUCUUCAUGCCAGGCUUUGCCCCCCUGACCAGCCGUAGCAGUCAACAAUACAGGGCUCUAUCAGUUCCUGAGCUCACCAUGCAGAUGUUUGAUUCCAAGAACAUGAUGGCAGCUUGUGAUCCACGCCACGGGCGGUACCUCACAGUCGCUGCCAUCUUCAGAGGACGCAUGUCCAUGAAGGAGGUGGAUGAGCAGAUGCUGAAUGUGCAGAAUAAGAACAGCAGCUACUUUGUGGAGUGGAUACCCAACAACGUAAAGACCGCUGUCUGUGACAUCCCCCCACGUGGGCUCAAGAUGGCUGCCACUUUCAUCGGCAACAGCACAGCCAUUCAAGAGCUCUUCAAACGCAUCUCGGAGCAGUUCACCGCCAUGUUCCGCCGCAAGGCUUUCCUCCACUGGUACACUGGUGAAGGCAUGGAUGAGAUGGAGUUCACCGAGGCUGAGAGCAACAUGAACGACCUGGUGUCGGAGUAUCAGCAGUACCAAGAGGCCACCGCUGAUGAAGAGGGAGAGUUCGAGGAGGAGGGCGAAGAGGAUGUGGCCUAAACGCCCACCAUGAGUACUUUGUUAAAGCUGGGCAGUAAUCAUCAAAUCAUUGUGUUUUUAAGAAAAUUCAAUUCAAUAUAGUUUAUUGAUCCUCAAGGGGAAAUUUUAUUUCAGUACAUCCUGCCAGAAAUGACAAAACUGUUCUUGUUCAGCCUUAGCGAGGACUGAUUUUAUUUCUUGGAUUCAAAUGUCCCCACGUUUAUGGCCUCUGGUUUAGAAUAUGAAUGUUUUUCUCAGUUUAGAGGAUGUCACCUGAACUUAACCUCAAUAACAUUUUGAUAAAUGUUUUAGUUUUUAUUGAGAAAAAACUGGAACUUGUUCCAAUCAAUAUGCUUUUAUGCAAUCAGAUAUGAAGAGUUUAUUUAUUUUAUUAGAUAGAUGAGGAAAAACUCCAUAUUAUUUUCAAAUAAGAAAUUCCUUUCUGGUUGAACUAACCUAAUGAAUAAUUCAAGUUGAGAACAAUUUUUUUCCUUCAUUUUGAUGAGUAGAGCAGCUAUUUAACAAGUUUUCAAAUGUUUUGUAUUAAACAAAGAAACGUCACUUUAAGCUUUCCUUUGAAGGAUGAACGUAAAGCAGCACCUGUCCGGACACAUUACUGGUUUGGCUCAUCCAAAGUGGAUCAUAGCCGCUUGUGACUCCGUUCGUUCAUAACUUGUAUUAGAUGUUCAGCGUGACGCCCUCAACAGCCUUGUGGCUUUAGAAAUAAAAUAACUCGACACUUGUGAAUGUAGAACUGACUUGUGGAGCGGCUUCAGGGGGAUUUUUAGCCUCACACAAGCUGUUCUUGGUUUUUACGGAUUUUCUUUGUCAAUUAUCUUUAGACUAAAACUUAUAUUGACUGAUUGUGACAGUGAGAGGAGGCGUUCACUCUUCAGUAAAUCUGUUUUUAGUUUAAUAAACUUUUCCACUUGGUGAUACAA